CAAAUUUUGUCUCCCAUUAAAGAACGAGAAUACGAUUCUAUAUGGACUCACAUUUUAGUAUUCCGCGUUUACACUCCGCAAUCCAGAUUUUAGAGUGAGAAAGCGAAGGAAGUCUAGAGAGAGAAGGGAUGUCUAAUUGUGUAAGCACGGCAGCACACCGUGGUACCGGGGAUGGUGAAAUCAAGGUGUCACAAGACGGUACUAAAGACUAUCGGACGGUUCAGGAUGCAAUAGACGCCAUUCCACCCCACAACACUCGCCCGACGGUGAUCAGAGUAUGGCCAGGCAUAUACAAGCAAACCGUGCACGUGCCCAAGACCAAGAACCACAUUACAAUCGCCGGCUUGAGUCCUGAGAAUACAGUGAACACUGUCCUCACCUGGCACUACACUGCUGACACCAAAAUCGAUCACCAAAAGGAAUCGAUUGGGACAUUCAAGUGUGGUAGUACUAUUGUUGAAGGAGAGGACUUCAUUGCCCAAAAUAUCACUUUUGAGAACUCUGCUCCUCAGGGUUCACACCAAGCCGUGGCAAUUAGAGUGAGUGCCGAUCGUUGUGCAUUCUAUAAGUGCAGAUUUCUUGGCUGGCAGGACACUCUAUACUUGCAUAAAGGAAAACAAUACCUAAAAGAGUGCUAUAUUGAAGGAAGCGUGGACUUCAUUUUUGGGAAUAGCACUGCUCUGUUGGAGGACUGUAAAAUUCACUGCAAAUCAGCUGGAUUCAUAACUGCACAAAGUAGAAAUUCCUCUCAAGAGACAACUGGCUUUGUGUUCUCGAGAUGUCAGAUCACCGGCAAUGGAGGGACAUCAUAUGCAUAUCUUGGACGACCAUGGAAACCCUAUGGAAGAGUGGUUUUUGCAGACACAUGGAUGGAUGCAUGUAUCAAACCUGAUGGUUGGAAUAAUUGGGACAAAACAGAGAAUGAGAGAACUGCUUGCUUUUACGAGUACAGGUGCUCUGGGCCAGGUAGUUCUCGAUCGAAACGGGUGAAAUGGGCCAGAGAACUGGUAGAUAAAGAAGCAGAACAGUUUGUUACGAAUCGUUUCAUCGACUCCGACCAAAAAAGUUCUUGGCUGGCCCAAGUGGCCGUGCGAAUACCAAAUCCUGCAUAGUAGUAAUUUAUACUUGGAAGUCAGAUGCAGUCUGCUGAAAUAUAUAUGUCAUGUCAGAUGAAUAAUCGCCGAUAGAUGGGUAUUUCAAAUCUCUGUUCUUGUAGUUCAAGAUGUGAGAACACUUGACGUCUGCUAUUUUAUAUGCUGAUAAACGGUUUGUAUUACCAUAAAUUUGUACUCUCCUCUUGUAGAUGUUGUUGUAUGCUCUUUUACAAUUUACAUCCAAAGAGUUUUAGGCCUUUUUGGCUUGGUGGUGUUAA